ACCUACUUUUCGAUAUCUUGAUAUGUACGGUAAAGUACCUACCACGUUAGAUAAUCUUAAAUUGUUUUUAAAAUAUAGUCUUAUUCGUUACGUUCUCUUAAAGCAGUCAACAUGCGACUGCUAAUAAUUUGGUCUCUCAUAAUAACUGUGGUAAAUGCAGAACCAUCAAAUGAAAACCAACUGGAUCAAGUGCAAAUCGAAUAUUUGCCAUCCCGAAAUUUCAUAACUGACGAUGUAACCGUCACAAUAGGAUCAAAUAAGUACCGCCAAUUCAAGGAAUGUGUAGUACAAACACCUGACGGUACAGAAAUAAACCUUUCUGAGGGAGAAACUUUGCCAGGAGUCCAGCUCGCCACAGGGAAGAAAGUUGUUUGUGGAGUUAACGUGAAAGUAUGUAGACCUUGGCGACAAUCUAGGAGACUGGGUCCUAGUAGCCAAAGAGACAUCCCAACAAGCUGAAUUUGAGAGAAGGUUAAAUUUCACAAUUUCGAGUGUCGCAUCACCAGGUUCAGACGAAAACCUUGACGCAGUCGCACCGCAAAUUGAAUAUUUGCCGUCUAGAAACUUCGUGUCUAACGAUGUAACUGUCACAAUAGGAUUAAAUAAGUACCGUCAAUUCAAGGAAUGUGUAGUACAAACACCUGGCGGUACAGAAAUAAACCUUUCCAAGGGAGAAACUUUCCUAGGAGUCCAGCUCGCCACAGGGAAGAAAGUUGUUUGUGGAGUUAACGUGAAAGUAGACCUUGGCGACAAUCUAGGAGACUGGGUCCUAGUAGCCAAAGAGACAGCCCAACAAGCUGAAUUUGAGAGAAGGUUAAAUUUCACGAUUUCGAGUGUCGCAUCCACAGGUUCAGACGAAAGCCUUGACGCAGUCGCACCGCAAAUUGAAUAUUUGCCGUCUAGAAACUUCGUUUCUAACGAUGUAACUGUCACAAUAGGGUUAAAUAAGUACCGUCAAUUCAAGGAAUGUGUAGUACAAACACCUGACGGUACAGAAAUAAACCUUUCCAAGGGAGAAACUCUCCCAGGAGUCCAGCUCGCCACAGGGAAGAAAGUUGUUUGUGGAGUUAAUGUGAAAGUAGACCUUGGCGACAAUCUAGGAGACUGGGUCCUAGUAGCCAAAGAGGCAUCCCAACAAGCUGAAUUUGAGAGAAGGUUAAAUUUCACGAUUUCAAGUGUUGAAUCUACAGGAUCAGAUGAAAAUCUUGACGCAGAAGUCGAAGCCCAAAUAGAAUAUUUGCCGUCACAAAACUACACGUCUAACGAUGUGACUGUCUUCAUUGGAAGAAAUAAAGCGCGUGCAACUGAAGAAUGCCUGGUCAGAUCACCGAAAGGUCAGCAAAUCAGCCUCACUAAACAUGAAACGUUACCAGGAGUUCAGUACGCAGCAGGAAAGAAGACUGUUUGUGGAGUGAAUGUGCAGAUGAAAUCUGAAGAUUACGAAGGUGAAUGGGUUCUCAUAGUUAAAGAAUCUACACAUGGCACGCCGUUUGAAAGAAGACUUAAGUUUACUAUUACAAGUCCAGGACCGGAGGAGGGCGAUAUAACUGAGGAUAUUGUAAACACAGGGCCCAUAACGUAUUUACCAUCAGAAAGCUAUGAAACCACAAUAUUAAGUACUGUUAAUGUAAGCAUAGCAGCAAAAGCAAAAACUGGCACUCUUGAUUGUUCCCUAAUAAAUCCUCAAGGAAUACAGGUUAUUGUCGAUGAUGAAGAGAAACUAGAAGGAGUACAGGAGUAUAAAGAGCAUCAUAUAUCAUGUGGUGUCACUAUCAAGAUGCUGUAUCCAGCCUUUGCAGGCCAGUGGGUGUUGAUAGCAAGGGAAAGCUACAAAGGCAAAUUUACUGAAGAAAGACGUCUCAAUUUCACAGUUGUCCUUAUAGAACAAGUGGAUACAUUUCCCAAAGACGAAUCAACAGUGACGAAAGGCAACGAUCUUUACCUUCGCUUGGCCGAACAAGUUUUCCCUGGGGAUACUUGCCUUAUAGAAGCACCACUUCCCACCCGAAAGGUGGACGUCAUUAACCCAGAAUACUGUGGGUUUUUAAUCCGUUCAGUAUCAGAAGAAGACCAGGGGCUCUGGAAGAUCUCUUAUGGCCUUGGAAUAACAAAGAGAGCCACUUUCAAUUUGACUGUCGCGAGUUCCAGUUCUGAGGGAAGCACAAAUAACUACAGAAUCAGUCUCAGAAAACAUCAAUCUUUCAAUGAGUACAUUGGACCAGAGGAAUCCCAAUACUGCAUGAUACAAGACCAAGACGGCUACACCGUCGCUGAGAACUUUGGACGCUGCAAACUGCAGCUGGGGCCAAAUUACGAUUACCAGAGUGGAUGGUUGACUCUGAAAGUGGCUCUUCCGGGACAAAUAAAGCUUUCGGAGUACCCACUCGAUGUCACUAUUGUUGAUCCAAAGCCCACAGUAAGUGUGGAAGUGAGAGAGGCGCAGCCCUCAAUAUUUCUGUCCUGCUCCGUCGCCCCUCAUCUGGAAGUGAAGGUCUGCAAGUUCCGGAAUCCAGCGGGAGAAGUCUUCAUAGCUGCUGAAGGGGUGGGCCAAGAUCGGUUCAGAUAUUACGGCAGAGGGGACAGGUAUACAUACUAUGCGCCGAUAGGCGCCUUCACCCAGUUAAAAAGAGAGACCUACCUAAGUGACCCGUCACCAGAUGGAGGUGGUGAGAACCGGCCAGGAAUGUACCUGACGCGGGUAUAG